ACUCUGCGACUUAGUGUUGGUUUAUCAAGAUUUCAAUAGUGCAGUGCAGUGAUGGCUCAUGUUUCCGAUUCUUCUGAUGGGUCCAAUUCACAAGAACAAGAGCAAGAACGCCCCGUUCUUGAUGUUUCUGAUUCUGCUGCUGCUCAACAAUCUGGAAACGACAAGGAAGAACAAUCGCUUGAUUCUUUGAACGACAAGGCCUCUGCUGAACUGGAAGUGAAGAAGAAACGACUACUGGAGGAACUUGAAUCUGCUUUGGUUCCUAAAGAUGGUGCUGAGGUCCAACAAGACUUGCCUCCUCUUAAUCCUGUACGACCUUUAGGGAUUGAGGUUAUUGAUGAAACGGCAUUGCUCGACACCAUUCCUUAUGGCACACAAAAGAAACCAAACAGUGUCGCUGUAAAGAAUGGAAAACAUUCAAGAAAAAGAGCUGGUAAAGGAAAUGGAGCCAAGAACAAGAACAAGGAGGAGCCUCAGCCUCAGCCUCAGCCUCCAAUUGCAAAUAGCAAGAACAACGCUAAGUACUCAAGAAAGGAAAUGGAGGCUCUCAGGUUUGUGAAUGUGGCUCAACAACGCAAAUUCUGGAAAGCAAUAUACGCCGCCCUUGAAACCGCUGUCGCCAAUGAGUAUGAUACCUUGGCUUUGGCUACUGCUCAGCUUCAAUGCCUUCCAAAGAAGAAACAAGCACCACCAAUCCUCACAGGUGCAAAGCAUUGUGAAAAUAUGGAUAGUGAAUCACAACUCAAGGAAAGUAGUGAAAAUGUGAUUCCUGUUGAUCCUUCUUGUAGUCAUAGUCUAAUGGGUGUGGAUGGGUGCUCAAUUUCAGAAGAGUGCAGUGAAGAUGAUGACAGUGAGGAUGAUAAUGCUAGCAUCCAAAGGCCUGCCUUUUUGGUCGAGGGAGAACCUAAUUUUGAUUCUGGUCCACCUGAAGAUGGAUGGGAAUAUCUUAGGCGUGUCAGGUGGGAGGCAGAUCAAAUUCCUAAAGUGAAGGUAGCCAAACUUGAUAGAAGUAAACAUGAGAAGGAACAAAGUGCUUACAUGCCCAAGAUUCCUGAUAUUGCCAAGUGUCCUGAGCAUCUGUUGCCAAUGAAACAGUGGGAGGAUGUAUUUCUUGCUGAAUUUUCAGCACUGAGGAGGAAUCUCUCAUGUCUUGAAGGUUCAAGUGCCAUGCAUUCCAGUAAUCUACAAUCCGUUCAUUCCUCCCAACUACUUGGGAACAAUUGUGGAGAAUCUGCUAGUGCUAUGAACAGAGAUGUCCUACUUAAUAAUCAUUUGAACAUUGGAAAGGCGAUUGAUCAACCUAUUAACAUGAUUGCUGAAGAUAGGGAUCGCGCACUGCAUCUGAAGAAUCCUGGAUCAAAAACUUCCAUUGAUCAAGCUAGCAGCAGCUCUCUCAGCCCCCCUUUGCUUUCUGCAAUCUUAGGAAUGGACUCUGUAGCCAGGGUAUCAAUGUUGCAGAAACGAAUUAGCUUGCUAGAGCCUGCAAAUACUAUCACAAGAAAUGAUUGCAUGUGCCUUUUUGCUCUUUGUGCAACAGUUGAUGAUCCACUUGAUGCUGACACUAGCGCUGCUCUCAGGAGUCUGUUGCGGAAGUGUGCUAGCAUACGUGCUGGAAAGGCUGAACUCGAUGACGAGGUUGUAAUGUUGAAUAUACUGGCUACAAUUUCAGGGAGAUAUUUUGGACAAUCUGAAAACUAAAUUCCCAGUUUGUAACGUAACUUUGUUAUGGCACCUUAUGUUUUGUUUGGGAACUAGAAUGGAGCCAAGAAUAUAUAUGGUUAUAAUUAUUCAGA